AUUUAUUUUUCACACGACUAUGGUAACACACGGCAAAUGUCAUUCAUUUGAUUUUUCGCAGAAAUUAUGUCGCUUGGAAAAUUUGGAAAAAUAACUCUUUCGUGGUAAUUAUUUACAUAAUAAUUACUUAAUCCGUAAUUUUCACAUGUGUGUGGGUCGGAAUAACUGCUGUAAGCUUGUCGCUCUUUGUGCUGGCCAAAGGUCACAUUAAUGAGAGACGUUUGGAGAAUAUGAGAUCUCGUGAACGCAUGAGAAAAUCUAACGAAGGAGAAUACCCAGACGUUUACCGUAAACUGUGAGGAAAAUAUUGAUAUAACAUAGUACAAAUUAGAAUAUAGGAAAAUGGCAGUUCCUCAAUUAGACCCUGCAAAGCUCCAGCUGGUGCAAGACCUGGAGAUUGAGAUGAUGUCUGAUAUGUACAAUCGUCUUAUAGGAGCCUGUCAUCGAAAAUGUAUACCUGUUAAAUAUUACGAACCUGAACUUGGAAAAGGUGAAUCAGUAUGUCUGGAUAGAUGUGUUGCAAAGUACCUCGAUGUACAUGAGCGAAUUGGUAAGAAGCUAUCUAACAUGUCUCAAGGAGAAACUGAAGAUUUAACAAAAAUUAAUCUACAGGAAAAGAAAUAAUAGAAGAAUAUGUUUUUUUAAUAUAGAAAUAAAUAACACAAAAGCCAUAAUAUGUCUGAUAUUAUGGCAACUACAUUUUUCAAAGCUUAAUUUAAUAGUUUUAAAUAAAUUAUACUUAACAAUAUGCUGCCUCGACUAAGUUUGUAUUAAAGGUUCUAAUGUUGAUAGAAAUACUGCUUUAAUAAAGAGCAGUGGUAUAUGCAUUUGUUUUAAUGUUAGUUAUUGGUGUAGUUUAGAAUAAAAAUAAUACAAAUUA